AGAUUAAAACAAACAAAAAAAACCCGCGACUAUUUGAUUCAGCAGGUCACACAGGGGCCUUUUUAUACGCUUUAAGCACAAACUGCUUAGGAAUAGCACUACUUUUUUUUCAACCCUAACAUUUGAACUUUUUUUUUCCUGACAUAAUGCCAGCCACGAGUGAAAUAUACACGGCGGAACAGUGUAACGCAGCAGAGGAGAAGAAGACUCCAGAGGACUCGGCUCCAUUCUCUCUGUUCUGUGAUGAGCGCGGAUAUCUGAACCAGAUCAAAUAUGUUUUACAGACUGGAGUGAAAAAGGGCGACCGCACAGGAACAGGAGUCGUCUCAGUGUUCGGGUUACAGGCCAGAUACAACCUGCGAGAUCAGUUUCCUUUGCUAACGACCAAACGUGUUUUCUGGAAAGGAAUCUUGGAGGAGUUACUGUGGUUCAUAAAGGGUUCUACAAAUGCGAAAGAGCUUUCAGAGAAAGGUGUGAAGAUUUGGGAUGCCAACGGCUCCCGAGAGUUUCUUGAUAAGAAUGGAUUCACUGAGCGUGAGGAAGGUGACUUGGGCCCCGUGUAUGGCUUCCAAUGGAGACAUUUUGGAGCAGAGUACAAAGACAUGCAUGCUGAUUACUCAGGCCAAGGUGUUGACCAGUUGCAGAAAGUCAUCAACACCAUCAAGUCCAAUCCUGAGGACAGGAGGAUCAUCAUGUGUGCAUGGAAUCCUAAAGAUCUUCCCCUGAUGGCUCUGCCACCCUGUCAUGCUUUGUGCCAGUUCUACGUCUCAGAUGGUGAGCUGUCAUGUCAGUUAUACCAGCGUUCAGGAGACAUCGGCCUGGGUGUCCCCUUCAACAUUGCCAGCUAUGCCCUACUCACAUACAUGAUCGCCCAUAUCACAGGGCUCAAGCCUGGUGAUUUUGUACAUACUCUUGGUGAUGCCCACAUCUACCUCAACCACAUUGAGCCUCUAAAAGUGCAGCUUCAGAGGGAGCCACGGCCUUUCCCUAAACUGAAAAUCCUUCGCAAUGUGGACCGUAUUGAUGAUUUUAGAGCUGAGGAUUUUGAGAUAUGUGACUAUAAUCCAUACCCCACAAUCAAGAUGCAGAUGGCAGUUUAAACGACACAGCCUCUUGCAGUUAUUCACAUGAUUGGUGAGUGUUUCGGCCCCUGAAUGCAUCUCCACACCUCUCCAUGAGGAAACUGAUGUUUCUGCACCGAUGACUCCAACAUCUCGCAUGAGAAUCCAGGAUCCUAAUGAGACCCAACACCAAGCAUGAGACAUAAACAAUGCAGAACUAGAUUUGAAUACUGAAACCCUCUGAAUAAAUCCGUGUACCCUACAAGUAA